GAGGCAGACGCCGAGAGAGAAGACAUAGCUGGGCCGGGGCGCAGCGUCUCCGGCCUCAGCCCGCGUUCUGCACCACCAAGGCGGCCGCCCAGGAGCCUCAGCCAGCCUCCUGCGUCCCUUUCCUCCCACAGCCUGGGGAAGGAGGCGGCGGCGGCGAGACAGCCCGGCUCAUCCUGCCCCAUGCCGGUGUUUCCCUGCUACGGCAGAUGUGUUUGGGGUCCUCGCACAGCUGGGACUAUGGUGAAAUUUCCAGCGCUCACUAACUACUGGCCGCUGAUCCGAUUCUUGGUUCCUUUGGGCAUCACCAAUAUAGCCAUCGACUUCGGGGAGCAGGCCUUGAACAGGGGUAUCGCAGCUGUUAAGGAAGAUGCUGUGGAAAUGCUGGCCAGCUAUGGGCUGGCCUAUUCCCUUAUGAAGUUCUUCACAGGUCCAAUGAGUGACUUCAAGAAUGUGGGUUUGGUGUUUGUGAACAGCAAACGAGACAGGACCAAAGCUGUUUUGUGCAUGGUUGUGGCUGGUGCGGUGGCUGCUGUAUUUCAUACCUUGAUAGCAUAUAGUGAUUUGGGAUAUUACAUUAUUAACAAGCUGCACCAUGUGGAUGAAUCGGUGGGAAGUAAAACUAGACGGGCCUUCCUUUAUCUUGCUGCCUUCCCUUUUAUGGAUGCCAUGGCUUGGACCCAUGCUGGCAUUCUGUUGAAACACAAGCACAGUUUCCUUGUGGGAUGUGCCUCCAUCUCAGAUGUCAUAGCUCAGGUUGUUUUUGUAGCCAUUCUGCUUCACAGUCACUUGGAAUGCAAAGAGCCUCUCCUUAUCCCAAUCUUAUCCUUGUAUAUGGGGGCAGUGGUCCGAUGUACCACCUUAUGCCUGGGCUACUACAAGAAUAUACACGACAUUAUUCCUGACAGCAGUGGGCCUGAGAUGGGGGGAGAUGCUACAAUAAGGAAGAUGCUGAGUUUUUGGUGGCCUUUGGCAUUAAUUUUGGCAACUCAGCGAAUCAGUAGACCCAUUGUCAACCUUUUUGUCUCCCGGGACCUGGGCGGCAGCUCUGCAGCCACAGAGGCUGUGGCAAUUCUGACAGCUACAUACCCUGUGGGACACAUGCCGUACGGCUGGUUGACAGAAAUUAGAGCCGUGUAUCCUGCUUUUGACAAGAAUAACCCCAGCAAUAAACUGGUGAACACCAGCAGCACAGUCACAGCAACGCAUAUCAAGAAAUUCACUUUUGUCUGCAUGGCUCUGUCGUUAACGCUCUGUUUUUUGAUGUUUUGGACUCCGAACGCAUCAGAGAAGAUUUUAGUUGACAUAAUUGGAGUCGAUUUUGCCUUUGCAGAACUGUGUGUCAUUCCUUUGCGCAUCUUCUCCUUUUUCCCAAUUCCAGUGACAGUUAGAGCACACUUGACUGGCUGGCUCAUGACACUAAAGAAGACAUUUGUAUUGGCACCCAGCUCUGUGCUGCGCAUCAUCGUCCUCAUCACUAGUCUCAUUGUGCUGCCUUACUUAGGGGUCCAUGGAGCCACCCUAGGAGUAGGAUCACUUCUAGCUGGUUUUGUAGGAGAAUCUACCAUGGUUGCAAUAGCAGCUUGCUAUGUCUGUCGGAAACAGAAAAAGAAGCGGAACGAAAAUGAGACCGCUACAGAAGGCGAAGACUCAGUAAUGACUGACAUGCCACAGAUAGAAGAAAUGACAGACAUCGUAGAAAUGAAGGAAGAGAAUGAAUAAUAAACAGGACAUAAUUGUUCUCUGCAGGGACACAUAGAAUGAUACUUAAGCAUCUUUUCUUCUCUCAUACUUUUUUUUGUUUUUAUUUUUGUAAUAAAGAGGCCUUGAUUUAAAAGGCUUCAGAUAAAUUCUCUAGCAUACUGAGUAUGCUCACACUAAUGAGGGACCUAAAGAAAGGUCUUUGCUUUUGCUUGUUCAGUUGAAUUUGUUUUCUCGCUCCAUGCAAACACAAAAGAUAUGGCUGCAUCACAUGAAAGGGCAUUUUCCUCAAUACGCAUCCAUCUUCUUUGGACAAUCUGCAUUUGUCAGCCAAAGCCCUGCUAUGUCUGUGCUAUUGACUCUGCUGCCCUCCUUUCUUCCCUCUUCCCUUUUUUUCUUAUUGAGAAUUUAAAAAAAAAAACAACCUUUGAAAAUACAGCUUUAUUUUACUUGCUUGACAAUGAUUUUGCUAGCUAAACUAAUGUACCACAGUGGGCCAUUAUGUUUGUUUUCACUCGUCAUUCGGUGUUAUGCUGUAUAUUGUUACAAAACAAGGUAGGAAGGCAUGAGCCCCAGUGAGCAAAUGGUACAUAAAAACAAUAAAAGGGAUGCGAGAAAUACAGGACAAGAAUGCUAUUUAGCCUUUAUUAAGUUAUCUGAGAUGCAAGAUUUUUCCAAAAUUGUACACAUUUAAUGGAGACGUUUUAUAGAACACUGUUGCCAAGUCUUACACAUAGUUUCCUUAUGACCAGUUUCCGUUCUCUUUUCCUGAACAGGGUGCAGCAGUUGGUAGAGUGGUGCAGUUGAUCUAAGGGUAUGUCCACACUGCAAUAAAAUACUCAUGGUUGAUCUAUGUUAGGGCUCCUGGGGUUCGGGUUGUGGGGCUAUAAAAUUUCUGUGUAGAUGUUGGGGCUGGAGCUCAGACUCUGGGACCAAGCCGGAAGGUCUGCAUUGCAAUUUUAUAGCCCCUUAGCCUGACCCCUGCAAGCCCAGCCACCUGACACAGCCAGUCGUGAGUGAUUUAUUGCUAUGUAGACAUCCCAAGAUUCCUUUCUAAGGGAAGAAAAGAAGAAGAAAAGCUUUACCAAAGUUCUGGUCCACUGGUCUAACAUAAGUUCUAUGUAUAAUUUCGUUUUUACACUACAGUUUGCUAUACAAUCAUUUCUACAAUCUGUGUUCAAAAACAUACAUAUAACUUAGAGUACACCAUGGUGUAGCCCUUUAAUACAUAUAGCCCUAUCAAAUAUAUAGGAAUAUUGCUUUAACUCGUUUCCCUAUAAAAGUAAAUCAAAAUCAGUAUGGGAGAAGUUUGAGUGCCUGCUGAAGUCCCACAUUAGGGAUCCAGUUCUACAAUUCUUGCUCACACUGAGUAACCCUUGUGAGAAAAGUUCCAUAGGAAUGAGGAGAACUGCUCACCACAUGAGUAAGUGUUGUACAGUGUGAACAAGGUGGGCACUGUUAGGUUUAAGGGGGGCUUAAAUAGCAUAGAGGGGCUUCACAUGAGUGAUGUGUAUUAGGAUGAAUUUCAUCCUAAAUGAUUCAUCCUUAAAUUAUGGAUUUUAAAUCUUAUUUAGUAAAGUAUAUUUUUGUAAGUUUUAGAAGUGAAUUAUUAUUUAAUUAUGGACAAAUUCAGUUUCUAGAUUACUUACCAGAUAGUCCUUACACUUCAAAUAACUGAUCAACUCUAAAAACUUAUUUUAAAGACUAUAUCAAUAUGUGUAUAUAUACAUAUAUGUGUAUAAAUAUAUAUAUUGUAUAUUAUGUGUAAUUUAUUUUAGGCUACAGUACACUUCCUAUUUUUCCGAGUUCAGUAAAAAUGUCUCUGAUACAGUCCGGUGUUUGCUCAUGUAUUGGUUGUGCCAGUAGUGAAACAUAUUGUAUCAGUGACCAUUGCACCUUGUUUGCCACAUUUGUACUGUUUGUUAUAUGUACAAAUGUAUUAAGAUAAAAAAUGAAAUUUUGAAUGAGUUACAAAAAUCAGUCCAUUGCUAUUGAAAAUAGUGCCACAGGACGGGUGAAAUUAAAUCCAUAUGGUUUCAAUGCUAUCAAGAGGCUUUUCCCACUAUUCCUUACAGUAGAAGAAAUAAACUCAGACAAAUCAACUUUGUGCUGUAUGAAUACUGUGCACACACAAAAAUUCAUGAGUACAGACUCUCACAGUCAUGUGUAUAUACUCUGUAUAUAGAUUGAUGUCACCCAUAGUGACCAGUUCAAGAUUUUUCUAGUGCCAUAGUUUUGCUUUCUCUAGUACAUCUGUGUUCAAAUUUUCAACAUGCAGUUUUUCUGGCAAAACCAGAGCUAAACUGAGAAAAUAUUUCAUUGUAAUGUUUCUUCUGGUACAUAACUAGAAAUUUAAGCAGCAGUAUUUUUUAAUAUUUGUGAGCGUUAAAUAUUUAUGUAGUUAAAAUUCCACAAAACCAAGAAAGUAAAAAUAAAAAAAAAAAUCUAAUAUUUAAAUGCUAAAGCUUUUUGUUUAGCUAGAAGUUUUAGCAUAUGGCAAAUGUCAAAUUCUUGGUGAUACAACUGGAAGUGUUAAGCCAGUGUAGCAGCUCAGAUGAAAUUUCAAUUGUGGAGAAAAAAUGUUUAAUACUCCUUGUAUAUUGAAUCUAUAAAAAUAAUCAGUGAUCAAGGAACAGCAGGGUUUGAGCAAGAUUUGAGAUGUUUUUAUAGCACCAGCCGUGGCUAGUGUAACAGAUUCUGUUUAAUCCCGUUUCCAGUGUGUUGUGUGUUUUCUUAAAUUGCAUUGUUGCAGUAACAGACACAUUUCUAUACUACAUGGUUCAAAUUAGAACUUCAUGAAACAACGGGAUACCUAGUCUGUACUGCAAUGAACAUGUAUUAGUUGUACGCCCACCUAUAUGAGGUGUAUGAAAAACACUCUUCUGCUGCACUUUUUGGCAUUAAUGGUAAAAUUUUCAACAGUCCGUUAGGCACCAAAGUCUCGUUGAAAGUCAACAGUGCUUUAAAUCAUUUAGGCACCUUUGAAAGUUUUACCCAAUACCUUUUCCUUUGUAAAAGGACUUCGCUGAAUUCAAGUAGCCUCCCCUAUGCAUGGUUAUCUCAAUAUUAGUAUGCUAUCACUGUGGCAAACAUAAAGGUAUCCCCUUGAAGGUUUCACUGUAAAGAACCAGGGUACAAUAUUUUCAUGAGUGAACCUGCAGGGGGUUACUAGCCUUUUCAUGUAUUUGUUGAAAAUUGCUAAAUGAUGGAAAUUAAACUAUAAUACAAGAGGAACAAAAUUGAUUUGUAUUCUGCAGCUCAAAUGUAAGACCAAGUGUGAACAUGCGUUACAUGACUGAAAACAAGAUGAGUGCUGAUGACUGAUGAUUUUUUUAGAGAGCUGUGGAUAUUUAAUAUAUACGCAGGGUUAUGCUACUUUCUUUGAGCCCUUCCUUUACAGACUCUCUGAUAGUGAAGGAACAUUUGUUACUGCCUGAAGCAGCUUUCUUAGACUUACUGAACUAUGGGCUUGAUGGAGAAGGCUCUAGGUUUCCUGGCAAGUACAUGACAGGGCCCCAUAUGGUUCCCAGUAAACAGCUCAACUUCCUGUUUUUGUGCACAGAUGUGCAAGGAAAGAUCAGUAAGCUGUCUGCUUGAUAGCUAGAGCUCCACACACAGGGUCAUAGGAUUGGGGGAAUAACAGAGGAUUGUGGGUUUUAUUUUCAGUUUGAGUUAAUUUAUUUUGCUGUCUUAUAAAUAUUUUCCUUUGAGGAACAGAUCUUGCUGUCUGCCUUGGUAUUAUUUUCUGCUUAGUCAUGGCAGCAUCUUACAGACACAAAAGAGGUCAAAAAUAGGCAGCUGGUUGAUGAAUGCCAGGAGUGCAUGAACAAUUGUUUUUAAGGUUAUUCGUUAAAAUCCAAUGUUUUGAAGGGUGGCUUCUGUUAUUUAACCAGUGUGGUGAGAUUGCUUUGAUUUCUGCUGUGUUAGAGAUUUGUGAUCCAAUAUUUAGAAAUGGCCUGUUGUCGGGGAUGGGAGGCAAUUUAAGCUGGCUAGCAGGGUUUAGGCCAGAAUGUGCUAUUGUAUUAUUGGCUGGCCUUGGCAUCGAUUUGUUCAACAAGAAUCAGCCACCUAUUCUCUCUGCCAUCAAUAGGCUACACAAUUCUCUAUUCAUUUACAGGCACUUUGCAGAGAUUUGGGAAUUAUAAAAUGAGUGUGUCAGUUCUGUGUCCAGUUAAGGAUUUUAUCUUUGUAAUGUGAUAGAUUAAACACAACUGUGGAUUAUCAGGGUUUAAUUAACAGUUUCAUCAGCAAUGGGCAGAACCUCACAAACCCCUUUAUAUAAUUUAUAUUUAUUACCAAGGUCUGGUUAGUAGAGAUUAUUGAUGCAUGGAUACAAUCUACAUGAAAACCAUGGUAUUAAUAUUAGAUGGACUUUCAGGCACUUUUUAAGAAGUGUUCUAAAUGAGUAUAUUGAAUGACUUUCUGCAGAGAAACCAGUCCUGUAGACAGAGCCCACCAGGUUGCUAAACUGAAGGGGAACGAAAAACUGUUUUAUGGGUAUCCAGUUAGAGGCUGAGGGGGAGUGAGAACUACAGGAGGUGGGCAGCCAAUCAGGGGUUAGAAGGGCACCCAAGCUGUUCUCUGAGGGUUGCCAUUCUUGCUCUGUGCACAGUAGAGAGAUGCUCGAGGAGGGAAGCUUCAGGGAAAGAAAACCUUAGCCAAGACAACUACUACUUCAGUAUUCAGAGUGACUGCAGAACUACUGGCCGCUGCUGAGAACGGGGGAGUUUUAUUGGAAUUUUUGUUUUAAGAGCAGAGAGAAAAUAUUCUUUGAAGAGGGAAUUGAGCCAUAGCAUGUGGCUAGAACAGGGCUGAAGCACUGUGAAGUGCUAGUCAGGCAGAAUCAUGCUAGUACAGCAGUUGCUAUUAAAGCCUUUACCGUUUGCAAGUUAAGGGUUACAUAAUUAUCCAUUUGCAAGGAGUUAGCUUAACAUGGGUAUGGGAAUGCCAUGUUAAUGUUCAUUAAGGAAAAGGUAAAAAACUGUAAGGAUUUUAAUAGUGAUUAUUCUACUGAAACGGAUCAUGGGCAUUUCCCACAUCCCACAAUUAGCCUAAUAUCACGUCUCACACAGCGCUAGUGGUAUUUGUCUACCAUUUUUCACAAAUUUUAUUUUGUUUUUAAAAUCAUGCUGUUACCACCACAAAUACAAAUAAAUAAAUGUCACACCUCUGCAAGUCCCUCUUGACAAGAGUUUCCACUAUCCAUCACUGUAAAUGUGGGACAAUCCCAAUAUUUUAGGGUCUUAUUCUUCACCUGUCCAUAUGGAAUAGAUGCUCACAUGUCUCUUUUGGGAGCUAUGGCAUGAUUCAGUCAGUCACACACCAAUGCAGUGUCAUGACAUGAAGAUACAGUCAUCACAACUGGGACACGGUUACUUUCAUCUCACAGGGCAACCACAAACACGCUAGGUGACAACACUGCUGUUCUUUCUGUCUAAACUACAACUGAACUGUAUGGAAGAGGGAGGGAACAGCUGGCUCAGCGAUUGAAUGUAGCUUUUUGAUAGCUUGUGGAUGAACUAUCUAAAAAUGAGUUUGGAGAGCUGAGUCCAGUUUUCUCAGUAACUAAGUGCCCAUUUCACUAAAACCGCCACCCCCUGCCUCCAGGUGGCAGUAAUUAGCACCCUCUCAAUAAAAAAAGCCAGAGCCUGAAUGGGCCAUGACCAAAGAAUGCUCUCAUUCCACGGAGGUGUCUGAAGACCAGAGUGGAGGUACAUUGGCAGAGUAGUACAGGGUGAACUGAAGUUUUGCUGGCUGUUGUAUCUCUUCUGUAGUUAAGUAAUGAUAUUCAGGCUCCACUGUGGUCAAGCUGAACACUUCAUAAUCACCAUGAAAUUCAUGGGCAAAACAUACUAUUGCUUUCUGUAUGCUUUUACAGUCUUAGAAUCCCUUCAGGGAAAAUACUCCUUUCUAGCAAUACAAGACGUUGUUAGAGUAAAUUAUCAGCUUAACUCAAAGUCUUAUAUUUAUUAGUAGUGUCUCACCAACUUCGCUGCUGUUUCUUAUUUGUCAUCUUCAGUUUCUUCCCUAUUUUGAAGGCUCCUGUUAAGGAAAGCCGUCACACAAUGAGCACCUAAGCCAAGAAAGAGAAAAUAUAGUCCUUGUGGUGACUAAUGUCUAGUAAUGCAAUGAUUAAAAAGUUUAAUUUAUAAAUAGGUGGAUCCAGAAAAGAACUUCCUUUAAUGUGCGAAGUUGGAGAGGAGGACAAA